AUGAAAUACUUAGUUAUCUUUAUCUGCCUUUCUUUAGCUCUAGCAAUUCCUUCAUCGGCGCACGCUUCAAUAAAAGAGUUUGAAAAAAUAUGCUCAGACCCCAAAAGUCAAAAAUGCGUAUUUUACCUAAUCACAAAAGCAAUAGAGCUUGCUAACUUCAAAGGAUCAGAAAAUUUGUUAGGCUCAGGAUUCCAAGACUUUUUCUAUGGAAUAUAAUCCAUGCACUCGUAUAGAUUUCUCUUUAAGACUUUUACAAUGGACGGCUGAAGUGCUGGAAUAUUCAAUACCAGGGAAAUGGGCUCGAUAACAAUUUAUAAUAGUUUAUUAGUAUAGGAUGAUAUAUAAGUAUAUAGUAAUUGUUCCUAAGUCAAAAAGAAAGACAUUUGUUUAUGAAACAAGUUGAAUUCGGGAUCUUAUCGGAAGAGUUUGGGUUGCUAUGCAAGCGGACACUAAAAAUGGAAACUGGGCAAAGAGUGAUCUCAGGAGAAAGUAGCUGAUAUGUGAAAGAAGUGCAUAAAGACUGCCUUUAUCGUGGUUCCCAGCAGCUUGGGACAGUGUAAUCUGAACUAACCCUUGUUCCUGAGUCGCGGGAUUUUGUUGUGUUCGAUCCAUUUUUAUUGCCGACUUUGACAAGCCAAGGUAACUUGGCGAGCCUAAUUAUAAAUGAAAAUGUAAAUAAGCAACGCUACAAUACAUACAAAAUAUAACAGUGCACCAGACAAUAGACCCUUGAAAUUUAAUAGGCAAGCAGCAAUGCUUUCAAUGAUGAAAAAACAAAAUGAAAAUAUCAACUUAUAUAGGCAUCUUUCGAUAAACAUUGUUUUUAAUUCGCCCUAUACACCUCAAUUUGCAUUUGCCGAAAGAGUAUAGGGAUGAUAAAAAAUAAGUUUAACAGAGUUGAAGGAAAUGAGAUCCUUAAAAGUUGAAUACUGUGCGAGAGUUAGAAAUGCAAGUUUUAAAUAUUUUAGACAAGAUUUUUGAUUACAAUACACAUAUAAGCUUCUCUUAGUGAGUUCUUUUCGCUGCCGAUCCGCUCGAAUCCGCUUCAAGUAAUAUCUGCUAAAUGCUAACGGCAAUAAGUAUCACCCUUUACAUAUACCAGAGAAUUGAACAUGUAGAUUGGAAUAUUUUGUACAAGAUUUUCAACGAUAAUGCACGCUUAAGCUUUAUCAAUAAUUAAUUCUUGCUGCCUAAUCUGCUCGAAUCCGCUUGCAGUAAUAGCUGUUAAACGCUAAAGGCAAUAAGUAUCGCCAUUUACAUAUACGAGAAUUAAAGUAAAAGUUUGAAAGUAUUUUGUACAAGAUUUCUAAUUCUAAUGCACGCUUAAGCUUUAUUUAAUAAUUAACUUUUACUGCCUAAUCCGCUCGAAUCCGCUUCAAAUAAUAUCUGUUAAAUUCUAACGGUAAUAAGUAUCACCCUUUACAUAUAUCAGAAUUGAACAUGCAGAUUAGAAUAUUUUAUACAAGAUUUUCAACGAUGAUCCACACUUAAGCUUUAUUCAAUAAUUAUCUUUUGCUGCCUAAUCCGCUCGAAUCCGCUUCAAGUAAUAGCUGUUAAUGUUGACGGCAAUAAGUAUCGCCCUUUACAUGUACCAGAAUUGAACAUGUAGAUUGUAAUAUUCUAUACAAGAUUUUCAACGAUAAUGCAUGCAUAAGCUUUAUUCAAUAAUUACCUUUUGCUGCCUAAUCCGCUCGAAUCCGCUUGCAGUAAUAGCUGUUAUAUGCUACCGGCAAUAAGUAUCACCCUUUGCAUAUGCCAGAUUAAAAUGCAAAUUUGAAAGUAUUUUGUAGAAGAUUUCUAAUGCUAAUGCACGCUUAAGCUUCUCUUAGUGAGUACUUUUUGCAGCCUAAACCACACAAAUCCGCUUCAAGUAAUAUCUGUCAAACGCUAACGGCAAUAAGUAUCACCCUUUAUAUAUACUAGAUUAAAGUGUAAAUUUGAAAUUAUUUUGUACAAGGUGUUUAAUUAUAAUAUAUCUAUAAGCUUCUCUUAGUGAGUACUUUUUGCUUCCUAAUCCGCUCUAAUCCGCAUCAAGUAAUAUCUGUUAAACGUUAAACGGCAAUAAGUAUCACCCUUUAGAUAUACUAGAAUUAAGCAUGUAGAUUAAAAUAUUUUAUACAAGAUGUUCAACGAUAAUCAAAAAUCUUUUAUAAAAUAUUAUAGCGUUGCUUAUUUACAUUUUCAUUUAUAAUUAGGCUCGCCAAGUUACCUUGGCUUGUCAAAGUCGGCAAUAAAAAAUGGAUCGAACACAACAAAAUCCCGCGACUCAGGAACAAGGGUUAGUUCAGAUUACACUGUCCCAAGCUGCUGGGAACCACGAUAAAGGCAGUCUUUAUGCACUUCUUUCACAUAUCAGCUACUUUCUCCUGAGAUCACUCUUUGCCCAGUUCCAUUUUUAGUGUCCGCUUGCAUAGCAACCCAAACUCUUCCGAUAAGAUCCCGAAUUCAACUUGUUUCAUAAACAAAUGUCUUUCUUUUUGACUUAGGAACAAUUACUACUUAUAUAUCAUCCUAUACUAAUAACUAUUAUAAAUUGUUAUCGAGCCCAUUUUCCUGGUAUUGAAUAUUCCAGCACUUCAGCCGUCCAUUGUAAAAGUCCUAAAGAGAAAUCUAUACGAGUGCAUAGAUUAUAUACCUAGGAAUUCAAGAAAACCCAAUUUCUCCUGGUUUUUGUGUCAAUUCUUUUACCCCUCUUUCCUAUUCUUAUUCUCAGCUGCGUCAAAGUAUAAUUUCCAUUUUCACUGAACUAAAUCUGAACUAUCUAUUCGCAGCCAUCACCAAUUUUAACUAUUACAACAAUAAGCUUGUAAAUUCCUGGGAUUUAUGUGGGGGUAACUAUUUAUCAACCAUUUUACCAAAUUUAUUUACUGAAGAUGGGUUCGGAAAUCUCAUAGUGAAUUUUGGAGCCAGCUAUGCGCAGAUAAUAGAGAAUUGGGAGAAAUUAGUAGAAAAUGCUGGUAAUAAUAACUAUAUAAAUGCUGGCGCUGCUUGUGGGGAAAUUCUAAGCGAUCUACUGGAUUUUUCAAUUUAA